UCAUACAUAUAAUAGAUCCUUGGAUGAUUGAUUGUGUGCCAAAAGCAGAAAAAUCCGUCGAAUGUUGUUACCCUUUUGGUUACAUUAGCACAUAUAUUAGCUCAGAAUCACUCCUCAGCCAAAGCUCUUUAAGAGGAUUGACAAACACAGGGAUUUUAUGAAGAUUUCGCAGGGGAUAAGAUGAACCAGUGUUACAAAAUUUUGUGUGUUUUUGUGAAUAGUUAUGUAUGCCACAGCCAGUGCACUUUACAUUGACGAAAUGGGUUAUGCUAUGAGUAGACUAGAGAUAGAAUCCGGUCUCUCUGAAGAUGGAGAUGCCAUCCAAGAAGAUUCUAGUAGUGGAGAAACUAAAAGGCCAUUAAAAAAUUUAGACAAUGAAAUUGCUCAGAUAACAAAGUUGAAGUCAACACCCCAUCAACAAUUAGUCCAAGUUGGAACUGGAAGGCCAGAAUUGCCAGUUUCUCCUGUGAAGAUGCUGGCAGGUCGAGAGUCUAAUUACUCGGGACGGGGAAGGUUUUCUUCAGCCGAUCGUUGUCAUCUUUUGAGCAGAUAUUUGCCUGUAAAUGGUCCCUGGCUUAUUGACCAAAUGUCUAGUAGGGCUUAUGUCUCCCAGUUUUCAGCUGAUGGCUCUCUUUUUAUUGCUGGGUUCCAGGGAAGUCACAUAAGAAUAUACAACGUGGACAGAGGUUGGAAAGUUCAGAAGAACAUUCUAGCUAAAAAUUUGAGAUGGACAAUCACUGAUACAUCUCUUUCACCUGAUCAACGCUAUCUAGUUUAUGCCAGUAUGUCACCUAUUGUACACAUUGUAAAUGCCGGAUCUGCUGAAACGGAGUCCCUAGCAAAUGUUACAGAGAUACAUGAUGGUUUGGAUUUUUCAUCAAAUGAUGAUGGAGGAUACUCCUUUGGAAUUUUCUGUGUGAAAUUCUCAAAAGAUGGGAAAGAAUUAGUUGCAGGAAGUAGUGGUGAUUCUAUAUAUGUAUACGAUCUUGAAGCAAAUAAGCUCUCACUUCGAAUUUUAGCUCACACGUGUGAUGUGAACACUGUAUGUUUUGCUGAUGAAACUAGCCAUCUUAUUUACUCUGGGAGUGAUGAUAGUUUCUGCAAGGUCUGGGAUCGGCGUUGCUUGAUUGCUAAAGGCAAGCCAGCAGGGGUUUUAAUGGGACACCUUGAGGGCAUUACAUUUAUUGAUACUCGAGGAGAUGGACGCUAUUUCAUUUCAAAUGGUAAAGAUCAAACCAUUAAACUUUGGGACAUACGCAAAAUGUCAUCCAAUGUUACCAGCAAUCCUGGGUAUAGGAGUUACGAAUGGGAUUACAGGUGGAUGGAUUAUCCACCCCAAGCAAAAGACUUGACUCACCCUUGUGAUCAGUCAGUAGCUACUUAUAGAGGCCAUUCGGUCUUACGCACUCUCAUCCGCUGCUAUUUCUCCCCAGCGUUUAGCACGGGCCAGAAGUACAUCUAUACUGGAUCACACAACGCAUGUGUUUAUAUAUAUGAUUUGGUAAGUGGAGCUCAAGUCGCAACGCUGAAGCACCAUAAAUCACCUGUAAGAGAUUGUAGCUGGCACCCCUUCCACACUACACUUGUUAGCUCUUCUUGGGAUGGAGAUGUUGUGAAAUGGGAAUUUGCUGGGAGUGGUGAUACACCAGGCUCUUCAACUAAGAAGAGGGUAUGGACAAGACAUUUUUAUGAACAUUACCUAUGAUAUGUCAGUCAAAAAAUCAGUUAUGAAAAUGAUCUUGGGAGAUCCAUACCCUGUUGUUAAUGAAGUUGUAUAGGAUGUUUUGACAUAAUAAGGCAUGACAUGAACUGCCACAAAAUCUUGGUACAUAAAUAACCAUGUAAAUUGAGAUUGGAAUUGAUUCAUUAGUACGCUGUGCCUAUAAUAAAUUAUUUUAUAUUGUACCAAUUCGUCAU